AUGGCGACACGUAUCUCCGCUACCAUUGCAACGCAGAAGGGUGACCCAGAUCCUCUUUGCCCUGCAAGCAAAGAGGAUGUCAGGUACUGGGUGCUGGUCAGCCGCAAGCGGAAAAAGGUGAAUGAGACCAACACUGAGGUCACUAUGUCUGGGGGCAUGCACCCGCUGUCUGCCUUGAAGGCCUUCCGGGGAAUGGCAUCGAUGCCUCAAGCUCCUCGCAUCGAGAACCCGAACAAUGUCGAGGACAUGGCGGCCUACGCUUCCAGCUCAGCUGGGACGUCCACGCCGAUU